AUGUUUGCGCCGGCAGACCGCGCACUGAACACGGUGCGCGGUUUCAACGGGACUCCGGUGGCCUCAGGCGACGAGGAUUCCGACUGCUGCCCCACGCCGGGCUACAAGAGCCCUGUCAAGCGAGCCAAGAAGCCCCACAUCAUCAAGGACGUCGUGAGCGAAAACUGCAGUCCCGUUCUGAAGCCCGUCGCCUCUCCACCGGGCGUCGGUGGCAUCGCCCGCCUGCGGAUGCAGCUGGAUGCGCUGAGCCUCACCACUGAUCCCAGCGCCACCGCUCCCUCGUCUCGCACCACCUCCUUGACCCGCUCCGAGAGCCUCCGCUCCCCUCCGGCUAGCGACACCACGACCAGCAGCGGACGCAAAGACAGUCGCGAGAGUGGGCGCAACGCCGCUGGUUACAAGAGCGGCAGCGGCAGCGGCAGCGGCAGCAACACCGACGAUGAGUCGGCAUCCGUCGGGUGCACUCGCUAUGAAAUCAACUUGGAAAGCGAUUUCGCAAGCGAAGCUGAUGGCCAGGGCAGAGGCAAUCUUAUCGGCGCCCUGGAGGACGCUUCUUCUCCGCCCCGCAAGAUGACGGCGGCCGAUUUUGAGCCCCUCCGGUGCCUGGGCAAGGGCACGUUUGGGACCGUCUUGCUGGUCAAGCAGCGUUCGACCGGCCGGCUGUAUGCCCAGAAGCAGUUCAAAAAGGCCUCCCUGAUCGUGGGCAAGAAGCUGGUCGAGCAGACCAAGACAGAGCGACAGAUCCUCGAGAGCGUGAAUAGGCACCCGUUCGUGGUCAAGCUCUACUAUGCCUUCCAAGAUCAGGAGAAGCUCUACUUGAUCCUCGAGUACGGCCAAGGCGGCGAGCUCUUCACGCACCUCAACACUGAGAAAAUGUUCCCCGAGCCGACGGCUGCCUUCUACAUGGCCGAGAUGGUCUUGGCCCUUACCCACCUGCACGACAACCUCGGCGUCGUCUACCGGGAUCUCAAGCCCGAAAACUGCCUGCUCGACGCCGAGGGCCACCUCCUCCUAACCGACUUUGGCCUGUCCAAGGUAGCCGUCGACCCGGACGCAUGCAACUCGAUGCUCGGCACGGUCGAGUACAUGGCUCCCGAAGUAAUCCAAGGCAAAAAAUACGGCAAAGCCGUCGACUGGUGGUCGCUCGGGGCGCUGGGGUUCGAUCUCAUGACAGGCACGGCGCCGUUCCGGGGCCCCAACCACGCCAAGAUCCAGGACAACAUUGUGCGGCAGAAGCUCGUGCUGCCCUACUUCCUCAGCGCCGACGCCAAGGACCUGCUCACGCGCCUGCUGCGCAAGGACCCGACCAAGCGGCUCGGCUACAACAUGCCCAAGGACCUGGCGGCCAUCAAGAAGCAUCGCUUUUUUCGCAAGAUCGACUGGGCCAAGCUGGCCGCGCGAGAGCUGGAGCCCCCCAUCCAGCCGCUCAUCACCGACCCGGAGCUGGCAGAGAAUUUUGCGCCCGAGUUUACUGAGCUUAGUCUCAGCCCUGUUGUGUCGCGAUUUGAUGAUGUUGACGGGCCGUGGGCCGCUGCCGGCGCCGGCUCGGCUAGAGACGCCUCUGCUACCAACAAGGACGAUCCGUUUGGGGGUUUCAGCUUUGUUGCCUCGAGGAGCUUGCUGGAGGGCCACGGAUUUGAUAUGCCGGUUUAG